UUCUUAGAAAAAAUUGAAGGUAAUAUAAUUGAUAAUGAGAAUACUCUUAAUACUGUCCUCCAAGAAGUCAGGAUUAUAAAAAAGCAAAUGGAAACUCCUAACGCAAAGAAAUUCAGAGUGAAUAAUAUAUCUUCAAAUGAAUUAUCGGAUCCAAUAUUUUACAAUACAAACCGAAUUCAAG